AGUUGCGAAUUCGAAGUGAACGCGUUCGAAAGGGUACAAUAAAAGCGCGUCGUAAACAGUGUUUGAAGAAGAAAAUAAAAUAUUUUUUUUUUUACAAAAAUAUAUUUGUGUUAAAAAAAAACUGAUUUACAUUUUUAAGCUGUGAUGGUUGUUGUAUAAUUUAAUUUUCAAAAUUAAAAUAAGGCGAAACCAUAAAUUGAAAAAAAAAAAAAUAAUUUCUUAAAACUUUUUUUUUGGUUUUUUUUUUUUAAAGUGAAAAAAUGAAAACUACUUUAGUCUUACUUAUUCUGUGCUCACUACAAAUAUUAACAAUUAAAGCUCAAUAUAACUGUGUGACUCCAGAGAACUAUUAUGGCAUUUGUUCUUCGUUCAAUUCUUGCCCACAAAUAGUGAGUGCUCAGACAGCGCGCAAUCAGCAAUAUGUGGCAGCUGCACAGCGAGCGUGUGGUGGCAGCUCGUUCUGCUGCGCGCAACCACAGCAGCGACCAAGCCGACAAGCGGUGUCUCAACGUCCUAGCAAUCCUUUAGUAGUACAAGUCCAACAAAGUCGACGUGCGCCUGCCACACAACCACAACAAGUGCGACGUGUUGUUGCACCACAACAACAACAACAACCACAACAGCAGCGACGUCGAGUACGUCAACAGCCAAGAAUUGAUUUACGCGGCAUUUUCGAUGUGAACGAAUACAGUCAAGCUCCAUCCUCGUUUGUGGGCUAUAGAGCCGGACAAUUGUGUAAUACGCCCGACAACGCCGGAGGAGUAUGUAUUGAAAUCAACGAUUGUCAAGUGUUGUUGAGUCAGCUAUAUAAACGCUAUACAGAUCCCAACUUCGUUCAAUACGUGCGCGCUUCGAAUAGAAACUGCGGCGGUAGUUCGUACAGCGUUUGCUGUCCCGGUGGCGCAACGCCUUCGCGUCCGGCACCGGCACCGGCACCAGCUCCAGCACCAACUCCAGCGCCCAGCCAAGCAAGCUCUGCUGGCAGUUGUGGUGUUGUUGUACGCACAUAUAAGAAGAUCGUUGGCGGCAAAGCGAGUCGUAUAAGCGACUGGCCUUGGAUGGCUUUGUUAGCCUAUCCCAAUGUGGAUCCCAAUUCGCCAUUUAAAUGCGGCGGUGCUUUGGUCUCCUCGCGGCAUGUGGUAACGGCGGCGCAUUGCAUUCGUAAUGAUUUAAGCUACGUGCGACUUGGCGAAUACGAUCUGAGCACAAAUACAGAAACUCAGCAUCAGGAUUUGCGUGUAGUGAAGCAAGAAAAGCACCCGAGUUAUAACACCGCUAAUGGACGUAAUGACAUCGGUAUAGUCUGGCUGGAACGUGACGUACAAUUCACUAAGAAUAUUAAACCAAUUUGCUUGCCCAGCUCACAGCAAUUACGUAGCAAAUCAUAUAUAAACUAUACACCAUUCGUUGCCGGUUGGGGCAAAACCAUGGAAGGCGGUGUCUCUUCGAAUGUUCUGCAGGAGCUGCAAAUACCGAUACUGACCAAUGAAGUUUGUCGUGACAGUUAUCAACGCGCUAGGCGUCUAAUCACCGCCGAUCAAUUCGAUACCGGUGUGCUGUGCGCAGGCGUGCUAUCCGGCGGUAAGGAUACCUGCCAAGGCGACUCUGGCGGUCCACUGAUGAUACCGGAGACUGUCGGUGGCAACAUACAAUUCUAUCUGAUUGGCGUCGUCUCGUACGGUGUGGGCUGUGCGCGUCCGGAAAUUCCCGGUGUUUACACGAGUGUACAGUUCUUUGUGGAUUGGAUUUUGGCGAAAAUUUCUAGUUAGAAUUGAAAUGCAUAAUGAUCUUUAAGUUGCAAUAAAAUAAUAUUUAUAGUU